AUGAACGGCUCGCGCGACUCAACUCCCGCUCCGCCAGCGCGUCCCCACGUCCCGCGACCAGCCACCGACGCCCCCACAUGUCCCACCACCCGCGCACCAGCUGCCCCGAAGCGCAAGCGCGUCGUGCUGUCCCUCCACGACAAGCAGCAAGUGCUCCAGCGCCUCGAACACGGCGAGCAGCCGCUUGCCCUCGCACAGGCGUUCGGCAUCAGUCGGCAACAAGUGUCGGACAUUAAGAAGAACCGCGACCGCAUUCUAAGCUACUGCAGCGAGGCCAAGUGCCUCUUGAAGCUCAAGCGCAAGACGCUCAAGGCCGUGCCCGCGUCGUGCCCGGGCGUCGAGCAGGAGCUCUAUCGCUGGCUCGUGCGGCAGCAGACGUUGGCCCGCGCUGUGUCGAGUGACGCGCUGUGGCAAAAGACGACGGACCUGUUUCGGCAGUACGCGGCUGAGCCCGCGCAGCGCUCGGUGGCUGCCAUGACGUCGUGGCUCCGACAGUUCAAACAAGCGCACGGUCUUUACGACGUUGCGGACCACGAGCUGCAGCACUUGCCCGAGCAGUUUACACCGAUGAUGCACAACGCUGCGCUCACGUCUGGGGACGUUUCUGCUGCAGGGAAACCAGAUGCAAUGCUGACGGUGGAUGAUGGACGCGGGUACAGGUCUCCUCGUUGCAGGAGGGACGAGCGCGGGAACUCACCAGCACAAGAUCAGAUACCGACGCGGGUCGUGUCGUUGCAGACGACCGUUGACACGCUUGGCCAGCUAAAUCAUCAGUUGUCCAAGUUUGAACGCGAGAUGGCCAUGAAGCUCGACUAUCUCGAUGAACGCGUCGCCAAGUUGUGCUACUUUGUGCUACCGUCGCCGUAG